GUCCCUGGCGACGGGGCGGCCCCGGGAGGAGAGCGGGACAGGGACGGCGGCACGGGCACCGGCAUGGACACGGGCUCGGACACGGGCUCCCCGCCCCGCUCUGCCGCCGUGGAGCCCGGCGAGGAGGAGGAGGCAGAGGAGCGGGUUCGGCCCAUUGCCACCACUCCCCCGUGCCGUGCCUGGAGGGAGGAGUCCCUGAGCCGAAGCAGUAGCAGCAGUGGAACCCAGGAGUGCGGGAGCAGCGGGGCGUCCCUGGGAGCAGCCAUCAGUGAGGUGUCCCUGGGAGCAGCCAUCCCUCAGGAAACCACUGCUGCUGCCAGGGGGAUGGAGCCGUGGUUCCGGCUCCCAGCAGAAGCAGAGAGCAGCUGUUCCAGCGCUGCCUUGGACACCAGGCUGGGCCUGAGCUGCGGCAGGCAGGACCUGUCGGAAUUCCCCACGCUGGAGGAAGGGCUGCUGCCCUCAGCAGAAGCUUCUCCUGGAGCUCCAGCCCCUGCCUCACUGCUGGAUGUCCAGGAGAGCAGAUUCUCCCCCUGCCUGCCCCUGCUGCUGAGCCCAGCCCGGGACGAGACGUUCCUGCAGGGAUCCCAGAUGGAUUUCAUUGCCCUGAGAGGAAUCCCGGAUGUUUCUGGAGCAUCCCUGGAGCGUUCGGAGCCUUCCCACGUCCAUGGAAGCGCAUCCCUGAGGGACGCAGCCCCUCCCAGAGAGCUCUGCGCUUCAUCCCAGCACUGCCAUCCUGUCGGACCCGCGGAUCCCGGAGCUGCUUCCCAGAGCUCCCUGUCUGGGGAGCGCCUGGGCAGCGAGGAGGGGGCCGGGGACAGGGGCACCGAGCAGGAGGCAGCGGUGCCCCGGAGCAGGGGGCAUCCAGCACACCCCGCUCCAGAGGAGGUGCUGGGAAAGGGGCUGGAGCGGCCCUGGAGCACAGCUGGGAAGGAUGGACUCUCCCCCCCUGGCAGUGACGGCCCAGCAGCUGGGUCUGAGCUUUCGGAGAAGGACAAGGAGUCCCCAGGGCAGGAGGAAUCCUCGUCCUCGGGAAACUCCUCCUACACAACAGCACUGACCAAAUUCUCAGAGAGGAGUGAAGGGGGGAUGCGGAAGGAAAAGGUAAAAGUGCUUGGGAGUGAGGCAGGAGUCCUGGAGAAGCAGGAAAAAGGAAAGAAGGUGCCUGAGCUCGAUUUGCCAAACAAUUUCUCCGAUGGCUUGAGGAGAGGCCAUUCUAAAAACUCAGGUGCUCAAGACGUUCUUUGUGCAGUGACUCCCGAGCCGGGCAGAGGAGUGCUGGAGGAGCACGGAGUGGAGCUGGAGGGCUCUGAGGGCUUGAGGCUCAGGGCUGCUCCUGGGGAACUGCAGGGAGCUCUCCUGGAUCAUCAGCAGGAGCAGCCGUCAGGGAGACUGGGGCGAGAGGAGCUUGUCCCUGCUGUGGCAGGCACCGGGGCCUGGGCACCCAGGCAGCCACAGGGGCCGGCCACGGACACAGCUCCGGGCACCGAGGGGUCCCCGGGGGGAGCAGGGCCUGCGGGAGGCAGGGAUGAGCUGACUGGCUCAGACUUCUCCAUCGAGAGCGGCCACAAAGGCACGGAGAUUUCCCCCUCCUUCAGUCUGGGGGCUGAGGGCUCGUUCUCCGUACACCUGCCUCAUCCCAACUUCCAGUCCACUCCGGGGAUAUUCCUCAAGAAAGCUGGGAAGGCAGAAGGACGUGGAGUCCUGGUGAUCCCUUCGGACCUUCAGGCCUCUUCUUUGUGUUCAAAUGAAGAAACCUCCGGGAAGCCCCCUGCCCAUACCCCUGGAUCCCUUGGGAAGCAACAUCGUCCCCAGAGUGCUCCGAAAGAAACGUGUGAACAUUUCGAGUCCUUGAAGCCGGAAUCCCCCCACCCUGGCAGGAUCCAGUCCUUCCCAUCGCUGAGUUUCAUGGAGAAGGUGGGAGCUUGGAACAUGAGCCAGCCAGAGGAGGUUCCUGACGCCGUGAGCUCCGGUGUCCCAGCUGGGUUUCCUCCUGGAAGGAAAGCCUCCAAUGCACUUGCCAUGGCUCCAAGCAGUAUUUUAUCGGUACAGAAAAGUCUUAGAGAUCCCCAGGACUGUGCUGCUCCUUCCUGCAGGGAGGCAGGUUCUCUGGGAAGUUUGCACUUCCCUCACACAGAGCCGCUGCCUGCCCCCCGUCUGAGCAGAUCCCGGUCUGACAAUGCCGUGAAUGUUCGCAGCAGGAGCAGAGCCUGGGCUGGAGUUACCCCAGCAGCAAACUCUGCAGAGGCCCUGCAGCCUCCAGGAGAGAAGAGUCCUGCCUUGGGAGGGUUGGACAGCACCUCAGGAGGCUGCACGACACCAGAGGUUGUUCCUGGAUCUCGUGGUGAGGAUGUGGAAAGCACCGCAAGGCGAAGCUCAGCCCCAGCUGUGUUUGUGUCCAGUGUUGCUCAGUUCCCUAAAAAGGAUGGAAGCUCCCCAGCUGAUGAGCACAAGGAUUGUGAUGCUCAGGAAAAUCAACCCCUCAGCCUAAAUAUUCCCACUGGACACAACAUCAUGGACAGCUUUGGAGCCAUUUCCCUGGAGAGUCUGGAUGUUCCUGUCAGUUCUGGGGAGCCUCAGGGGGCCCUGGGCUCUGCUCGGGGCUCUGCUCGGGGCUCCCUGGUGGUGCCCAGGCCCUGCCCCAGUGCAGGAGGGGACACUUCCAUCCCUGCUGGAGCAGUGCUGGAGACUCCAAAGAAAGAAGAGUUUAAUAUUGAAGAAAGGAUCCCAGUCUACCUGCGGAACCUGGGCAUCGAGCAGUCCCCUGGCACCAUCCUGGCGCCCUUCGUGCCCCGGCGGCCCCUCCGGGAGCUGGAGUUCUCCCCCGUGGAGCUCAGGACCCUGAAGGAUCCCCUGGACAGGCUGGCCCGGGCCCCUCCACAGGCACAGGGUGAAUUGCUGCCAGCCUUUGAGAUGUCACACGUGAGCUUUGACUCCGACAUCUCCACUCCGAGCGUGUCCAUCCCCGUGGAGUCUGAGGCUGGCUCGGGUGCGCUGUCACCCCGGGAGCUCUGUCCCAGCUUCCCAGGGCUCUUUGGAGAGGCCCCAGUGAGCCAGGGCAGCGUGUCAGGGCCCCAGCUGGAGGUGGCUGCCCCAGGUCCCACAGCCCAGGGUGCAGAGCGUUCCACGGGAUCUGCUGGAGCAGAGCCGGGCCUGCCCCGCUGCUCCUCGGGCAGGGAGAGUCCCCGGCUGGGUGGGACAAGUGCUCGGGAUCCGCCUGCUGACCGUGGGCCCAGGAGCUCGGACAGCAGCCUGCAGGAGUGGGCUGCUGGAAUUUUGUCUGGAGUCAAGAAUAAAAUGGAAUCAGACAGAGGGUCGCAGACCCCCAGCAUGGGAAGUGAGAGCAGCAAGGGGCAGGAAGGGGAUUCCCUGAUGGGCUCUGGGGCCCUGCGGGAGCUCCGUGAGCUGCUGGCGCAGGCAGAGGAGCUCGCUGCCAGCUGUGCUCAUCCUGCUUCCCCCACAGCCUCCUGCAGAGAAACUGGGGAGUCUUCCCCAGUGCUGCUUAGGAAGGAGGAUGAUCCCAAAGAUUCCAGGUUAGGGAAGGACUGGAUCCCUCAGCUGCAGAAAAGACUGCCGUGGGAUGAGGCCGCGACUCUGAAGGGUGUGCGGGGAGAGGGGCUGGGGAUAAAUGCUCUGGGUUCUGACCCCUGUCGUUUGGGAUGGGGAAAUCCUUUGGGUGUCGGUUUGCAGCGCAGUGAAGGGCUGAAGGGAAUGGCCCAGGAGCCGAGGACAGGAAAAUCCGCGGGGAGGUCGGAGCCCGAAGGGUGCAGCAGCGUGACCACAGACAGGAACCAGCCUGCCCGUGUGGGGCUGGCACAGAGCAGUGCCAGCAGCGACCUCAGCACCGGGACAGCUCCGGAGCUGGGCAGUCCCCCUCCCCUGGAGCCCCUGGGCAGCAUCCCCGCUGUCCUGGGCGGCUCCCGGAGCUCCUCGUCCCUGGCUGGGGUGGCUGGAAGGGCAGGAGGGACGCGAGGGAGCGACGACAGCAGCAGUGGGGAUUCCCUCAGUGCCCGUGUCAGGAGCCUCCUGGGGAACCCUCCGUGCUCCCAGCAGCCGGGCAGUGCCAUGGGGGCAUUCCAGAGCAUCCUGCCUGCAGCUGGGGCUGCCAGGAUCCAGGCAGGGAGCGGCAGCAGCAGCGGGGAUUCCCUGGCUGCCCGAGUCCGGAGCCUCCUGAGGGCUGGGUCUCCUGGGAUUGAUGCCAGCCGGAUCCUGAGGAGUGCAGAGGAGCAGGAGAGGAAGAUCCGAGCCUGGGUGAAGCUGAAACUGGCCAGCCAGUCCCAGGAGUCUGGGCCAGACUGGGAUGAGGAGACCCAGCAGAAGAUUGAGAGAAUAAAGGCAGAGCUGCUUCCAAAGACCAGGAACGCUGCACAAGCCAAGGAUCCGUGGCUCCGUGGUUUGGAAGCAGCUUCUGAGUAUCUGAGGAAGCAGGAACAGGACCCGGAGCAUUUCCAGGCUCCCACAUUUCCCAGGGACAGGCACAGGCAGCUCUCCAGGGCUCAGGAGCUCUUCCAGUCCAGCUCCCGACCAGCAGUGCCAUUCCCUAGGGCUGAUCCCUUGGAUUGCUCCCUGCUGCAGGACAUGGAGCUGAAGCCCUGGCGUGGUGCUGAGCUGCAGGACAUGGAGCUGAAGCCCUGGCGUGGUGCUGAGGUGCAGGACAAGCAGCUGAAGGCCUGGAAUGGUGCUGAGCUGCAGGACAUGGAGCUGAAGCCCUGGAGUGGUGCUGAGCUGCAGGACAAGCAGCUGAAGGCCUGGAAUGGUGCUGAGCUGCAGGACAUGGAGCUGAAGCCCUGGCGUGGUGCUGAGGGGCAGGACAUGGAGCUGCAGCCCUGGCGUGGUGCUGAGGGGCAGGACAAGCAGCUGCAGCCCUGGAAUGGUGCUGAGCUGCAGGACAUGGAGCUGAAGGCCUGGCGUGGUGCUGAGGGGCAGGACAUGGAGCUGCAGCCCUGGCGUGGUGCUGAGCUGCGUGUGUGCAGCCGGCGCCUGGCCGUGGGGCGUCCCGGUGCCGUGGCAGAGCUCCGUGCCGCUCUGGAGUGGGGUCCCGGUGCAGGGAGCUCCGCAGCUGCCCCCGCUGCCCACCAGGAGCUGCCCCUGCCGGCUGCGGGGCUGGGGCAGGGCUGGGAGGAGCCGAGCGCUUCCCUCACCCUCUGCCCUCCGAGGCGGCCGCCAGCCCUGCUGGGAGCCCUGGCACGCAGCCCCAGCCUGCCCAGGGAUGGGCUGGAGGGGAUCCUGCCUAUGGGGCCUCUCUCUGCCGGCGCUGGGGAGGAGAGGCGCGGCUCAGAGCCCUGGGAGAGGUCCCAGAGCUGUCCCCCCAGCCCCACGCUGGCCAGCACGGGGGGUGACGGGGCUGGUGGUGCUGAGCUUCCUCCUGUCUCUGCUGACAGUGCCAGAGCUAGAGCUCGCCAGGCAACGGCCUGUGCAGCCCAGGAUCCUGGGAAAAGACAGACCCUGAGUGCAAAACACCUCUAUUUUGUGACUGCAGAGGUGACUGAGGGGGACAGGCAGAGUGCCAGACCUGGGGGGCUCAAUAGCAGCACAGGAGCCGGUCAGGAAAUAAAUCCAUUGAUUGAACCCCACUCUCCAAGCUCUUCCCAGCAGGAGAAGAUCCCACCUGGCCACACCCAGCUCUGUGAGAGCUCAGAAGGCUCAGAUGCAGCUGCACAAAUGGGUUUGCUGAAGGGCCACGGUGAGGUGUUGGCAGAGGAGAGGAAAAGCCCUGGUGAGCUCCGUCCCGUUCCAAAGGAGGCUGCGAGGGAGCAGAUGGGUCCUUCUCAGCCUUUACCUGCAGAUGAGGCUUUAUCCACCACGUCUGAGACUCCCCCAUCCCCGGUGAGGAAAUUCCUGUCUUGUGUCCACAUCACCCUUUCCUCCAGGGUCAGGAACUCAGAGCUGCACAGCGCCGGGAAUGCUGGAAAUGGGAUGACAGUGUGGGACAAACCUCAAGGGAGGGCUCAGGCAGUAACUUUAAAAGCAGCUCCAGAAGCUUCAGUGGAAAGUGUUCCUGAAUUCCCACCUGCUGAGGGUGUUCCAGAGGAUUGCAGCUCAGCUGUGCCAGUGGCCUCAGCAUAUCCCAGCCGGGUGUUUUCCUCCAGGCAGGAGCUGCUGCUGCAGGGCAGGGCCAGAGCCUGGCUCCGGGGAGACUCGGGGGCACCUGGGGCCACAGGGAUCCCCAGCUCGACCCUUCCUGCAAAGCCUGGGAGGAGGACUUCUGAUGCUGCCACUCAGAUCACCACAGAAAGCCCUACAAAAACCACCUUCUCAGCAGAAGUCUGCGUUGAUCCCCAGGAGGGUGGAAAUGCUGCCCAGCAGCCGUCGCUGCCCAAAGCCCCUGAACCUCCCAGCGUCACAACUUCAUCCCACAAGGAGAUUCCCCCAUUCCCAAGGCAGCCUGCCCAGCCCUUGCUGCUGCCAUACAAGCCCUCGGGCAGCUCUGGCAUGUACUACGUGCCUUAUCAGAAGCCAGGAGCCAACGUGUCCCCAGGGGAGUCAGAGGCCAGCGGAGACAGCUCUCGCUCAGGGUCAGAGGAUGCUCCUCCCCCAGGGCUCCUGGCCCGAGUGCUGGCUUUGAGGGAUGGUCCUCCUCCAGGCAGAGCAGCUGCCCAGCAGAGAGGGGCGAGCCACAGUCACAGGGCCAGGCCUAAGCUGGCCUGGGCUGAGGAGCAGAGGAUGCCACUGGAAUGCUCGUCAGAACUCACGGAUCGUUCCAAGGCUGUCAAACCCUCCCAGUCCGUGCCCAGAUCCAGCCGGCUCUCCCUGCCCCGCCCGAUGCCCACGAGCAGCAGCUGCUGCCUGGAUUCCAGGGACUUCUGCAGGGAUGCUCCUGGAGCUGGACACGCUCCCCCCUCCUCGGGGACUGCCCUGGCCAGAGCACAGCAGCACCAGUGGGGUUCCUGUGUCCCCCUCAGGAGAGGAGGGGAGCGGGAAUUCUUUGCUCUCACUGCAGAGGCCGAUGAGAGUAGGAACGAGGAUCUGGGUGCCAGUGCAUCAUCCCUUGGGAAGGAGGCAGCUGGGAUGGAGCUGCACCAGGAAGCAGCUGGAAGUGAUCCUUUGCCACGUGCCCAAACAACUGUCCUCGAGGAGAACGUGGGGAAAGCACCACGGCAGAGAAGCCACUCCAGGGGCAGCUUGGAUGAGCUCUGGGUGAAGUUCUUGGAGCGCCGGAGCAGACACCAGCAGCAGGAUUUCGGGAAUAACGGGGAGCUGUCCCUUGUGGAGCGCCUGGAUCGGCUGGCCAGGGUCCUGCAGAAUCCCAUCAGGCACACCCUGGCACUGGCACCAGCUGGGGAGAAGGUUCCUGAGGAGAAAGUGCAGGGAAGGGAACAGACAGAAACUCGGCUGGCAGGAAAAGCCAGGUCUGGGAGCAGCGUGGAGCCGAAGGGAGCACGAGCGGGAGAGCGGCCGUGUGAGAUCCACGGCAGAAACAGCCUGGAGGGGCCAGGGGAGAGGAGGAUCCACCACCUGAACAGGAUUCUGGAAGAGCAUCAGUACCUGGAAGCUCCCAGUGACACCUCCUCAGAGACGAGGCGGAGCGGAGACCCCAGCAGCUGCAGCACCUCGGGCUGGGACACGGGGACCCAGGCGGGGCUGGACAGCCCCGAGGGCAGCAGCUCCGUGUCCACGUCCACCAUCGACACGGCCAGGCUGCUCCGGGCCUUCGGGCAGCACAGGCUCAGGCUGGCCCCGAGGCUGGCCCCAAAGCUGGCCCCGAGGCUGUCCCCGAGGCUGGCCCAGCUCUACUGUGCCAUCAGCCACCAGAAGAGCCGCUCCGAGGAUGAGAGCAGCGGAGCAGGGGCUGCGGGAUGUCCCCAGGACGCUGCCGAGGGGCUCGGGAAGAGGCAGCAGACCCAGAGCACCAUCCCCUUUUCCUCGGAUUCCACCUGUGCCAGCAGCAAUUCCUGGGGGCCGAGCUCUGCUCUCAGCAACAAGCGACGGACACGGAUGCUGAACAAAGAGAUCCAGGCAGGAGACCUGGAGAUCGUGAGCAGUGCCACCAGGAAGAACACCCGGGACGUUGGGGUGACCUUCCCCACUCCCAGGUCCAGCCAGCAGCUGCAGGAGCCCCCGGGGCCGUGGCAGGGUGGCCGUGGAGGGGCAGCAGGAGCCUGGCACCAGCUCCGGGUGGUGCUCCCCGUGGACAGAAGGAUAAAGAGGAACAGGCUGCACUUCCAGCAAGGGACUCCAUGGCUUGUCCCAGCAGAGGACUUGAAAUGUGAAUCAAGGAAAGAAAACCAGUGCAGUGCCAUUCCUGGCCCUGGGCCAGCCUGGUUUGAGCCCUGGAGCAGCAGCAGCAAGCCUUGGAGGGAGCCUCUGCGGGAGAAGAACUGGGAGGAGCAGCAGCAGCAGAGCGCGGGGCAGGCAGCAGCUGCACACCCAGGGGCUGCCAAGGGGCUGGGGCAGCCCCUGGGGAAGCUGACACUGCAGGAGGCCCUGGCCCUGCACCGCCCCGAUUUCAUCUCGCGCUCGGGGCAGCGCCUGCGGCACCUGCGGCUGCUCCAGGAGGAGAGGAGGCUCCAGGGGCUGCUGCAAUCCCAGCAGGAGCAGCUGCUGCAGCCCCCAGGGAAGAGGAAGGACUGCAGGAGUGGAAAUCACCUGGUGUCCCACCGAGGUUUCCUGAGGAAAGAAAAAAGAAGAGCAAUUCCCAAGAGUGAAAUGGUUCAAAGAUCUAAAAGGAUCUACGAGCAGCUCCCCGAGGUGAGGAAGAAGCGGGAGGAGGAGCAGAGGAGGCUGGAGUACGGCUCCUACCGCCUGAGGGCUCAGCUCUACAAAACAAAAAUCACCAACCGUGUCCUGGGGAAGAAGGUGUCCUGGAGCUGAAGGGAUGGUCUCCAGCCAGGCUGGGGUGCUGCAGCCCAGAGCAGGACCUGGUGGGAGGAUGCAGUAAAUGCUUCUGCAGCUUGAGUUUGUGCUACUGGGUCACUUUUGUACUAAUUAAUCCUGCCCUGUGUAAGAAUCAAUGAUCAGGGGGGAAUGUCGGGGUUUUAAAUAAAUAACUGGGUUUUUAUAGUGGUGAUGUGCACUUCCAGAGGAAACAGAGUCUGGAAAAACUUGCUUCUUAAUGUAUUUAUAACUCCCUGGCUGGAAUAGCAGUUUUAUAUAUUUAUUUUCAAUGGGUUUUAACGAGGAUUUAAAUUUUUUUUAAAAUUCCUGUCUCGAUGUAGAAAAUGGACUUGUUACGGUUUGUACUGAGAAACCCUCCAAUAAAACACCUGUGUUGCAGUAA